AGCCAGUCAGUCAUUGGGACGACGGAACCGGGAAAAUUGAACGACCGUAUACGGCUUUCUCCCUUUCUCUCCCAACUCCACCUUUUAUAACACUAUUGAAACUUCACUGCACUACGCAUUCUCUCUUUUUUACCGCAUCUUCACCCAUCUGACCCGCUCCUUGUAUCAUGCUGAUUUCACAGCUCUUCAUCUCAAAGAGCAGGAAGAUCGAUUUUGAACUCAGCAUCCUGUUUCAAGAUCUUGCCAAUGUUCCGCUAGUCAGUGGAAACUAUCACAUCAAGUGGAAGAUCAAGUAUGCCGACCUUCCUAGUGGGUCUACGCCAAGAGCCCCUAUUACCGACCACAAUGUCGUUUGGAAUCAAUCAACAAAUACCACUGUACAUUUGAUUGUUGGAAAGGACAAUGUCUUAACGCCAUGCGAACUGAAACUCGAAAUCGUCCAGGAAUUGAAUGGAGGAAAAGAUACCCAUACUAUCGGAACGCUGAUGCUUAAUCUAUCAGAGUACGUUGGCUCUGGAACAACGACUCGAAGAUAUCUACUAGACGAAUGUAAAUUUAAUUCAACCUUGAAGUUGGCCAUCCGAUUGUUGCAAAAGUCUGACAAUGGAAUCAAAUUUGAAGUGCCACCUUUGAAAAAGCAGCAGAUAUUUGCUGACAUUCCAACCAUGAUAACGGAGAGAAAAGACAAAGGUCUUGUGAAGGAUGAUUCGUUCAUCGCAGGUAAUGUUUUGACACAGUCCUUGACACUUUUUGACGAGUUGGCUAAUUUAUAAGCUUACGAUUAAUAGACUCAAAUGGACAUACCAACUCUAAUAUCAAUUCAGUACAAGUACAAAAAUCGCAUUCCGCUGUAAACUUGGAGCACUUUUAUAAAAAAUCACUGUCACCGAUUCCAAUGCUCAAAAACUCGGACGACCAAUCUCCUACUGACUUAGUAGAACAGUUGUUUCAAGGUCACCAGAUUGAUGGAGUUACGACAAGCGCAGGACGCUCAUCAAUGGAUUGGUCAUGACAUGGUCUUCCUCGUUCUCUAAAGUUAUAAACAAUACGUAAAAAAUUGAUGUUAUCAAAUUAAUAAAAAUUAUUCUCUAUAGCAUGAUAGU